AUGGAGGCUGUACCUCGAAUGCCCAUGAUCUGGCUGGACCUGAAGGAGGCCGGCGAGUUCAACUUCCAGCCGGCUGUGAGGAAGUUCGUCCUAAAGAAUUAUGGUGAGAACCCAGAGACCUACAAUGAGGAGCUGAAGAAGCUGGAACUGCUUAGACAGAAUGCAAUCAGAGUUCCUCGGGACUUUGAAGGCUGUAGUAUCCUGCGGAAGUAUCUGGGCCAGCUCCAUUACCUGCAGAGCCGGAUCCCUAUGGGUUUAGAGAAUGAGGCAGCUGUCCCCAUCACAUGGACAGAGAUCUUUUCUGGGAAGUCAGUGACCCAUGAAGACAUCAAGUAUGAGCAGGCCUGCAUCCUCUACAACCUAGGGGCUCUUCAUUCCAUGUUGGGUGCCAUGGACAAGAGGGUAUCUGAGGAGGGCAUGAAGGUUUCUUGCACCCACUUCCAGUGUGCAGCAGGUGCUUUCACCUACCUACAGGAGCACUUCCCUCACUCUUACAGUGUGGACAUGAGCCACCAGAUCCUAAACCUCAACAUCAACCUCAUGCUGGGCCAGGCUCAGGAAUGCCUUCUGGAGAAGUCAAUGCUGGACAAUCGCAAGAGCUUCCUGGUGGCUCGCAUCAGUGCACAGGUGGUGGUUUAUUACAAGGAGGCUUGCCGGGCUUUGGAAAAUCCCGAGACUGCCUCUCUACUGGGCAAGGUCCAGAAAGACUGGAAGAAACUAGUACAGAUGAAGACUUGUUAUUUUGCCGCUGUGGCUCAUCUGCACAUGGGGAAGCAAGCUGAGGAGCAGCAGAAAUUUGGAGAGAGGGUAGUCUAUUUCCAGAGUGCCCUGGACAAGCUUAAUGAAGCCAUCAAGUUGGCAAAGGGACAACCCGAAACUGUACAGGAUGCUCUGCGCUUCACCAUGGAUGUCAUUGGAGGAAAGUUCAAUUCAGCAAAGAAAGACAAUGAUUUCAUCUACCAUGAGGCUAUCCCUGCCCUGGAUACCCUGCAGCCUGUAAAAGGAGCCCCCUUGGUGAAGCCCCUUCCUGUGAAUCCUACUGAUCCAGCUGUCACUGGCCCUGACAUUUUUGCCAAGUUGGUGCCCAUGGCUGCUCAUGAGGCCUCCUCAUUGUACAGUGAGGAGAAGGCCAAGCUGCUUCGUGAGAUGAUGGCUAAGAUUGAUGCCAAGAAUGAGGUCUUAGAUCAGUUCAUGGACUCCCUGCAGCUAGACCCCGAGACAGUGGAUAAUCUGGACAUGUACAACCACAUCCCCCCAGUGCUCAUGGAGAAGUGCGCAGCUCUCAGCGUCCGGCCCGACACGGUGAAGAAUCUUGUUCAGUCCAUGCAGGUGCUGUCAGGCGUCUAUACGGACGUGGAGGCUUCCCUGAAGGAGAUCAAGGGGCUGCUGGAAGAGGAUGAGCUGCUGGAGCAGAAAGUCCAGGAGGCGUCUGGGCAGCCGGGGGCGGUCCCAGCUGGGGGGCUGGCUGAGGUGAGCCGAGAGUGGGCCAAGUACAUGGAGGUGCAUGAGAAGGCCUCCUUCACCAACAGCGAGCUGCACCGGGCCAUGAACCUGCACAUCAGCAACCUACGGCUGCUGAGCGGGCCGCUGGACCAAGUGCGCGCCGCCCUGCCCUCCCCGGCCCUCAGCCCCGAUGACAAGGCUGUGCUGCAGAACCUCAAACGCAUCCUGGCCAAAGUGCAGGAGAUGAGGGACCAGCGGCUGUCCUUAGAGCACCAGCUCCGAGAGCUGAUCCAGAAGGAUGACAUCACCACUUCCCUUGUCACCACAGAUCGAUCGGAGAUGAAGAAACUCUUUGAAGAACAGCUCAAGAAGUAUGACCAGCUGCGUGUGUACCUGGACCAAAACCUGGCUGCCCAGGAGAACGUCCUCAAGGCCCUGACCGACGCCAACGUGCAGUAUGCAGCGGUUCGUCGAGUGCUCACAGAGCUGGAGCACAAGUGGAACUCCACACUGCAGACCUUGGUGGCCUCCUAUGAGGCCUAUGAGGAUUUGAUGAAAAAGUCCCAGGAGGGAAAAGAUUUUUAUGCCGAUCUGGAGAGCAAGGUGGCAGCUCUGCUGGAGCGGGCCAAGGGUGUGUGCCAGGCCCGAGAAGCUGCCUUCCAGCAGCUCCUUGACAGGGAACUGAAAAAGAAACCUCCACCCAGGCCUACAGCCCCAAAGCCGUUACUACCCCGAAAGGAGGAGGGGGAAGCUCUAGAUCCCGGGGAUCUUCCCGAGGAGCUCCGUAGCUUGCCUCCCGACAUGCUGGCCAGCCACCUGACAGCCUUUCCCCCCGGGACCCUCCCCAGCGAUGCCUUUUUGGGGGCUGGAGCCAUCAUGCCUUUCCCCCCUGGCCAUUUUACUGUCCCUGGGGCCCACUAUAUCCCCAGCCAAGGUCCUGGCCCUUUCCCCCCAGGUACCUACUCUGGGCCUCCACCUCUGCUACAACCCUCAGCCCCCCAGCCUGCAGGAUUGCCCCUGCCGGGCUUGGCCCCAGGGCCCCGCCUCUAUCCGGCGCCCACCUAUGCCCCAGAUCCGGGCCUCAUUCCUGGCUCUUCUCCCCAGCGGGGGGUAGUGAGCAGCCACUAUGUGCUAGGGCCUCCUGGGUCCAGUGGGGGUCUCCCCACAGCACCCCCUCCUCGAUUCAUCAGCCCUGAACUGGCUCCAGGAAUUCGUCCUGCCACCACCACAGUGGACAGCAUCCAGGCCCCCAUCUCCAGCUAUACGGCUCCCCGGCCUGGGCCCGGCCCAAGCCCUGGCCCAGCCCGGCCCUGCUACUCUACCUCCCAGCAGGGACUCCCGGCCGUACCUUACCCAUACCCCGUGGGGAUCGGCCAACCCUUCACCCCUUCCUCUGGCCAGCUUCCUUUCCCCCCAGCUCCCCGCGGAGAGUUGCAGCCCCGGCCCCAGCCCUAUGCGUCCCAAGUGCCCUUUGUGCCUCAGCCCCGCCCCCCCGCCCCAAUCCAGCACCCCCCUGUCUUUCCUCCCCAGACGAGGGUCCCCGCACCCACUGCCCCGCAGCCGCCUUUUCCUUUUGUCACUCAGCCUGCUGUCUUGGGGCAGCUCCCACCCCCUCUGCGUACCCAUCUUUACCCGCUUCCUUCUCAGGACCCUUUACCCCCCCAUUCGGGAGCCCUGCCUUUCCCCACUCCGGCCCCGCCACAGCAGCCACCUCACACCCCACUCCCCGGAGUUCAACCCCUCCCUCCGGGCACCUCCGCCAUCCCCUAUUGCCCAGCCCCUGCUUCGAGGCCCCCGGGGCCCCAGGCCCCACCACUCCCCAGUCAGUUGCCUCCUGGUGCCCCAUUACCCCUCCGUGGCCCCCCACCUUCUAGCCAGCCUUCUCCAAGCCCUCACCCCGUGCCUUCACCAGCCCCUUCCCCGGGGCCCGGCCCCACCACACCGCACCCUCCCCAGGCAGAGCCCCCACCAUUCCAGCGCUGCAACUCCUCCACGGCCGACCUGCUCUCCUCCAGCCCCGAGAGCCAGCAUGGGGGCUCCCAGCCCCCCGGGGGGGGCCAGCCUCUGCUCCAGCCCACCAAAGCGGAUGCCAGCGAGGGCCAGCGGCCCCAAGCCCUGCGGCUGAUCGAGUGCGACCCUUACGAGCAGCCGCACAGGCUGCAGCAGCUGCAGGAGGAGCUGGAGGCUUUCCGGGGGCUGCUGAGCGGCGGGGCGGGGGCUCUGGACGGAGUCUGGAGGGAGCUGCAGGAAGCCCAAGAGCGGGACGCCCGGGGCCGCUCCAUCGCCAUCGCGCGCUGCUACUCGCUCAAGAACCGGCACCAGGACAUCAUGCCCUACGACAGCAAUCGGGUGGUGCUCCGGUCGGGCAAGGACGAUUACAUCAAUGCCAGCCGGGUAGAAGGGCUCUCGUCGUACUGCCCUCCGCUGAUAGCCACCCAGGCGCCGCUGCCCGGCACAGCGGCCGACUUCUGGCUCAUGGUGCACGAGCAGAAGGUGUCCGUCAUUGUCAUGCUGGUUUCAGAGGCUGAGAUGGAAAAGCAGAAAGUGGCAAAAUACUUCCCCACGGAGAGGGGCCAACCCCUGGUCCAGGGCCCGCUGAGCCUGGUGUUGAGCAGCGUCCGGACAACAGACACCCACGUGGAACGUGUGCUGAGCCUGCAGUUCAGAGACCAAAGCCUCAAACGCUCUCUUGUACACCUGCACUUCCCCACGUGGCCGGAGCUGGGCCUCCCAGACAGCCCUGAGAACUUGCUUCGCUUCAUCCACGAGGUGCACACUCACUACCUGCAUCAGCGGCCUCUGCACACCCCCAUUGUGGUGCACUGCAGUUCCGGGGUAGGCCGCACCGGGGCCUUUGCACUGCUAUACGCUGCUGUGCAAGAGGUGGAAGCUGGCAACGGCAUCCCUGCCCUGACACAGCUAGUUCGGCGGAUGCGGCAGCAGCGGAAGCACAUGUUACAGGAGAAGCUGCACCUCCGGUUUUGUCAUGAAGCAGUGCAGAGACACGUAGAGCAGGUGCUCCAGCGGCACGGCAUGGCACCCCCUGCUGCCUGCAGACCCCUCGCUAACCCCAGUGUGGCCCAGAAGGCAUAUCUGCCACAGGACCCCCAAGACCUGGUGCUGGGUGCGGACAUGCCCAUUAGCUCCAUUCAAGCCACCAUCGCCAAGCUCAGCAUCCGGCCCCAAGGGGGUGGGCAGGAGCCUCCACCUGUGGCCUGCCCUGGGCUCGCCGAGCCUCUUAGUCCCACCACCCCCAACCUCCUGGAGCUCACCAGUCCCCCUUCACCUUCCCCUCCUUCCUCCCCCUUGCCAGAAAUUCCAGAGCCUGAGGAGGAGAGCCAGGCACCUGCAGCACCCAACCCUGGGCCUUCUACUUCCUCUCUCGAGCUGCUGGCUUCCCUGACUCCUGAGGCCUUCUCACUGGACAGCUCUCUGCGGGGGAAGCAACGAAUGAACAAGCAGAGCUUCCUGCAGGCUCACAAUGGGCAAGGGCUGCGGGGCACUGGCCCAAGUGAUGACCCUCUCAGCCUCUUGGACCCACUCUGGACCCUAAAUAAGACAUGAAUUUGACCAGAGGCACAGACGUCCAAUGGCUUCUAACUCCCUACACUACAUGUUUCCUUUAAACCCAAGUCCCUAACCCAAAAACGUGAGCUGCCUCUUGUGGAACAGGAAAAGACUUCCUCCCCCUCCCCCAGACCCCAAAGGAGCCAGGGUAGAGAGGGAGGAUUCGACAGUUGUGGAGAACAACUUGGGGAGAAGAGUCAUUCGUCUGGAGGGGACAGCCCUGCCUCCCCAACACUUCUUGUUGCCUUUAGCCCCGGUCUAGUGGGAGUCAGAGCGCGUCUGGCUAGGAUGGUCAUUUCUCACCUGCAUGAAAACCGCUGACAUGACCUGGGCACUCACCUUGUGCCCUUCACUGACUGGCCCUGACUCUGGGGGUGGGUGGGGCAGGCCACCAACGGAGUAGCCAUUUUCCUCUUACUCGGGACCUGAAUUUUUUUUUUCAGCUCUUUACUACUAAAAUAAAAACCAACCUAUAUGCAA